AAUACUCGUACAAUAAAGUUGUUUUAUUCAGAGCUCUGCGCGUGCGCAUUAGCCUCGUCGGCAAUCGUACUAGCUUGUGGCUUCCCACUUGUGUCGGUCCAGUUGAGGUCCAAACGCCUUUGGUGACACUUUAUAAACGAGUCAAGCGUUCGUUUCCAUCCAUUGGGAAUAUCGCGAAAGAGGCGUGAGGGAAUAUGCCCAAAAAUAAAGGUAAGGGAGGAAAGAAUCGGCGGCGUGGAAAGAAUGAAAAUGAGUCAGAGAAGAGGGAGUUGGUGUUCAAAGAGGACGGACAGGAAUACGCUCAGGUGAUAAAAAUGCUGGGGAACGGACGUCUGGAGGCCAUGUGCUUCGAUGGAACCAAGCGACUUUGCCACAUCAGAGGAAAGCUCCGGAAAAAGGUCUGGAUCAACACGUCGGACAUCAUCCUGGUCGGGCUAAGAGAUUACCAGGACAACAAGGCCGACGUCAUCCUCAAGUACAACGCAGACGAGGCUCGGAGUCUGAAAGCCUACGGCGAGCUGCCAGAGCACGCCAAAAUCAACGAGACAGACACUUUCGGUCCCGGAGACGACGACGAGAUCCAGUUUGAUGACAUUGGGGAUGAUGAUGAAGACAUUGAUGAUAUCUAAAGAGCAAACACGCACACACACCGUUUAUCCAGUGGGGAUAUUUUGAGCCGACAUAGCACCGAUAUUUUCAUUUAAUAGAAUCCCAUAUAUAAAUUUUCAGUCUGUGUUUGUUGAAUGUGAACAUGGGUCUGCAUCAUGAUGGGGGGGGCAGUCUCUUUUGUUCCAACUGAAAACGAGUUCAACAGUUUUCUGAGUUUCUUUGGAGGAGCGUGUGACUGCGAGUACAUUCAGUCCUUUUAAAAAAAAGUGUAUUUAUAUCGAUUUCACACCAGUUGGAAUUUAAGAAGUUCAGAAUCUUUGGAUUCACCAAUAAAACACGUGAACCCCCGACCCCGCGCGCACAUUUUUCUUUUUGCCUUCGCUCACUUUGUUUGUUGUCCGCCGCUAACAUCCCGAAAAACAUCCAAAUAUAAUUUUACUCAUUUUUUUUUUCUGCUAGUGUCGGAAGGUUUUCGCUUACCUUAAGUCCCACUUCAAAAAAAAAAAAUUACUUUCAGUGGUUGUAAAAAGUCUACACACCCCUGUUGGAAUCCCAGAUCAUCGAGAUGUGACCACGAUCAAGUCUACUAGAACAUCAGAACUUUUAGUAAUAAUAAUAAUUGGGGGCGCUUGUAUCCUGGCUUCCAUUUCACACAAGUUUAAAUUCACAUACCCAGUUCGGAAUUGUGUGCAACUUUUAAUUUUUUUCUUUGGACUUCCCCUCAUAGAGACUUCCGGUUUUUGAUUUUCAACUGAGUGGUCUAGUUCGUAGUAGGAAAAAAAUGUACAAGAUUUAUGGUGUAGUUUUAUAUAUAUAUAUAUAUAUAUAUAUAUUAUAUAUAUAUAUAUAUAUAUAUCAUCAGAACAUGGCGUUUGAACAAGGGUGUGUAGACUUUUUAUAGCCACAAUAUUUGCUCAAAUUAUAAGCGAUAUUGAAAUGCAGUCGUCAUAGUUGGUUGAUAUAUAUAGAAUGUUGUGUCAUGCACAGUUGGGAGGGGAUUAAUCAAUUGAAUUAUAACUAUAAUAAUUGGCUAUAUUUGAGAAUUAAACCACUCUUAGAGAUGAAUUAUACUGAAGUUACAACUGAACUACUUUGCGAUGCAAAAACUGCAAUACAUAAAACCUCCCUGUGCUGUCGUAUUCAAAGAAAACCUACACAGAAGACUUACAAAAAAUGGCGUACAUUAUUUUUGUAAAGUGUUCCAUGUUUGUUUUUGUGUUGCUGCUGUUGGCUCCGCUCGGUUCUCGCACCUCGCCACACGCGCCUGGACGACCUCACUCAAUCUGACUUUUUCUGUAAAAAAAAAAAAAAAAAAGAAUAAAAUCCAUUUUUUUUGUCCUUUGUUUUGUUCUGGACGCAGGGGGACUUGUGCUGUAACCGAUGCUUAAAAUGUACCAAGUGUGACGGCCGUAAUAAAGGUCUUUACUCUGA